UCUCCCUGGCCUCUGGCUGUGCUCCGAGCUCACCCAGCCUGCAACUGGUUCAAGGGCACUCUGAGGGAGUAUAUAGAAAAGAGCAAAGCAGGUCAAAUAGCUGAAAGACUCCGGAAGAUUGGGGAAGGCACCUAUGUAAACUGUCUCAAGUGUUGUAGGGAAGCCAGAAACACUUCCCCAGAAUGCUGACGGUUUAUUCUCUUUCCAUGAGAAUUCCUCUGAGACAUAUAAUUCUGGAGACUCAGUCCGCCUGGGACAUCCUGCUGGAGAUUCUCCAGGGAAACUGAAAAUCCUAUGUAAGAAGAUGCCAUCCCAGAUUUUGAAGAACUCCUAAGUAUCUUCAGCCAUGAAUAGAAUUGUGCUGAACACUGAGGAAGCAAUUGCUGACAAAGGAUGUAAAAUGCAGACUUCCUAUGAGCCACUAUGUGUUGGGGAAACAGCUCCAGCCUGACCCCAGGAUUCUUUAUCUUGAAUGGUAUCCCUGGCCUAGAAGCUGCACACACCUGGAUCGCCCUGCCCUUCUGCUUCAUGUACAUCAUCUCUGUCCUGGGGAACUGUGGGCUCAUCUACCUCAUCAGCCAUGAGGAGGCCCUGCACCGGCCCAUGUACUACUUCCUGGCCCUACUCUCCUUCACGGACGUCACCCUGUGCACCACCACUGUACCCAAAAUGCUGUGCAUAUUCUGGUUCAACCUCAAGGAGAUUGACUUCAACGCCUGCCUGGCUCAGAUGUUUUUUGUCCACACGCUGACUGGGAUGGAGUCUGGGGUGCUCAUGCUCAUGGCCCUGGACCGCUACAUUGCCAUCUGCUACCCCUUACGUUAUUCCACCAUCCUCACCAACCCUGUCAUCACCAGGGCUGGUCUUGCCACCUUCCUGAGGGGUGUGCUGCUCAUCCUCCCAUUCACUUUCCUCACCAAGCGUCUGCCCUACUGCCAGGGAAACUUCAUUCCCCACACCUACUGUGACCACAUGUCUGUGGCCAAGGUGUCCUGUGGCAACUUCAAGGUCAAUGCUAUCUAUGGUCUCUUGGCAGCCCUCUUGAUUGGGGGCUUUGAUAUGUUCUGUAUUUCUGUGUCUUACACUAUGAUCUUGCGAGCAGUGGUGAGUUUGUCCUCUGCAGAUGCUCGCCAGAAAGCCUUUGGCACCUGUACAUCCCACAUAUGUGCUAUUGUCAUCACUUAUGUUCCAGCCCUGUUCACCAUUUUUACUCAUCGUUUUGGGGGACAAAACAUUCCCUACCAUGUCCAUAUUCUGAUUGCUAAUCUCUAUUUGAUGUUGCCUCCUACCCUGAACCCCAUUGUUUAUGGAGUCAAGACCAAGCGGAUCCGGGAAGGAGUCAUCAAGUUAUUUCUUAAAGAGAAAGAUGUCUUAGUUAUGAAAUAAAUUCAUGCGUUAAUAUCCAAAAUCAAGGAAAGACAAGAAAUGUUUCAGAGGAGAUUCUUGAGCAUAACUUUAAAGUCAGUGGGUUCAUUGCAGAAAACGAUAUGCAUUGAAUAUCUACUAUAAUAACUGAAUUCUUUUUCAUAAAACUCAUCAAUGAUAAAAAUUGAUUAAAUAAAAAAGAAUGUCUCCUAAAGUUGAGGACUUUUUUUUUUCUCGAAAGGAAUUUCACAUUAAUGUAAUUUCAAAGCUGUUUGGAAGUCAUUGCAUUGCUUAAAUUCCUAAUAUGCUUUUCCCAUGAAACAAAUUGCAAAUGGGAUGCACAUGAGAAAAAAAAUUCCUGAUCCCAUAUUUGGUAUUCACCCAUUUUUGGCAGGAAAUCCAUUAUAAAAAGAAGUGUCAGCAUCUGUUUCUUAAGACCCUUCACUCAUGUUUUAGUGACUUCAUUAACCCUCUAUUCCUUUUACUGCAUAAUUUAGUAUAACUUGUUUCAGUUAUGUAAACUAUCUCAUAUCUAUCUAAGCUAUGUUG